UGCGACGUGAGAUUUCCUGUUUGCAUGAAUCACAACCCCUGUCCAAGCUGAAGCACGAUGACGAGGCGGGGUUUGGUGGAUCUUCGCCGACAACCCCAAGCUUCCUUCAGCUCGCCUUAGCUCCAGUACUCAAAUCCACUUUCUUCUCGGAUCGCCAUUGCAGAAGCUGAGCUUCAGCAAUCAUGGCUUACAACCGCCGCGACGACGACCUGGCGUAUGGGGAGCACCAUGGCCAGCUGCAGGAGGGCGAGGAGGGAGACCGUGGCUUCAUUGGGGAUAUGGGCAGGCGCGUAUUCGGAGGCCAGAAGGAGAACACACAGCAAGGUUCGCAUGGUGCUGGUGGACUCGGUCUCUUCGAUAAACUGCACAGCGCCAUCCACGAAGUCGCAUCGGACAUCAAGGAGAAGGUUUCGGGCAAGGAUGAUCGCCCGGUGGGAAACCAACAGGGCGGGCCUCCACAGGGCAACUAUGGCCAACAGAGCAACCAAGACUCCCAAGUACAGCCAGGCCAGGAAUACCACAACCAGCAUCGUUUCUUGAGCUUCGCGCCAGAGCGACAGGGCAACGACAUCAAGUGGUACGUUGAUGGAUGCGGUUACAUGUACGCCGUAUCUCUAGCUAUCGAACGCGCACGAGAGUCCAUCUGGAUUCUGGACUGGUGGUUAUCGCCAGAGCUGUACCUCCGACGUCCUCCAGCAAAGAACCAACAGUAUCGGAUUGAUCGCAUGCUACAAGCUGCCGCUCAGCGUGGAGUCAAAGUCAACAUUAUUGUAUACAAGGAGGUGACUCAGGCCUUGACUCGUAAGUACCUAAAUCCAUCAUUGCCCGACUAUCUACACUCUCUUCUCCCUAGGUCCACGGACCCCUUCACGAAAGGGCUUACGAGAAUUGGCCUCGAUGUCAUCUUUAAAUCUUUGGAAGAAAUUGAAAAGACGGACCCGCUGAUUAAACCUCCUGUCACAGUUUCUUCGGCUCAUACAAAGCAUGCUUUGGAGGCCCUUCACCCUAAUAUAGGUGUCUUUAGACAUCCAGACCAUUUGCCGGAUGCAGCUGUUCUUGGAGGCUCCUUCAUUCAAUCGUUGCAGAACAUGUCCUUUAGUCCUGCUAAGUUGGCACAAAUGCCCGGAGAUAGUCUGAAGGCGAUCUACGGCGCACAUGACGGCACUGUAUUAUACUGGGCGCAUCACGAAAAGCUUUGUCUGAUUGACGGUGAGAUAGCGUUUAUGGGCGGACUGGAUCUCUGCUAUGGUCGAUGGGAUACAAAUCAGCAUCCUAUCGCCGAUGCUCACCCAGGUAACUUGGAUCGUAUCGUUUUCCCGGGACAAGAUUUCAACAAUGCUCGCAUCUUGGACUUCCAGGACGUCCCUAAUUGGGAAAACAACAAACUCGAUCGAACGCAAAGCUCGCGCAUGGGCUGGUCCGAUGUGUCGCUCUCGUUCGCAGGCCCGGCUGUGCAAGAUUUGAGGACGCACUUCAGCCAGCGAUGGAACUUCAUAUACGAUGAGAAAUACAGCAAGAAAGACACGCGUUAUGCAAGGCUACCAGACACCAGCAGUGGCGCCCAACAAGGCGGUACAUACCCUCCACCACCUCAACAGCGAGGAUUCGACGAAGAAGCAGAACGAGAGCGCGGAUUCGGUGGCGAUGACGAAGGCGAAGAAGGCGAACGUGGCUUGUUCGGCCGUGGUGAAGGCCGAGGCGGCGGUUUCCGUGACAAGCUAUUCAAUCGAGCCCAGCAAGAGUUCGGCCGUUACGGACACCACGGAGAAGGACAGCAACAACAAUAUCAAUCACACGCAGAGCAUGGAUCUCAGCGAGGAAGGGCAGACUGCCAGCUCACGCGGAGCUCCGCGAAAUGGAGUCACAAUAUCUCGACUGAGCAUUCUAUUCAGAAUGCUUACUGCGAGAUUAUCAAGAACAGCAAGCACUUUGUGUACAUUGAAAACCAGUUUUUCAUCACUGCAACUGGCAACGAUCAGAAGCCAGUUCGAAACCAGAUUGGAGCAGCAAUUGUUGAGCGUAUCAUCCGAGCCGCUCGGAACGGCGAAAGGUAUAAGAUGUUUGUCAUGAUGCCAUCCGUGCCUGCGUUCGCGGGUGACUUGAAGGGGGACGAUGCCCUCGGCACGCGCGCUAUCAUGGAAUUCCAGUACAACUCCAUCAACCGUGGCGGACACUCCAUCUACGAAGAAAUCCAAAAGGCUGGAUUUAACCCCGUGGAUUACAUCCGCUUCUACAACCUGCGAAACUAUGAUCGCAUCAACGCCAGUGGCGUUAUGCGCACCGCAGAAGAGCAGAGUGGAGUAUCUUAUGGACAGGCUAGCGAAGGCUUCGAUGCCGCUCACGAGGCUACCCGCGGCGACUUUCAGGAUACGCGUGGAUUCGAGGGAGAGGGCGAGCGUGGUUACCAGCCAUAUCGUCCACCUCCGACAGCCGAGUAUGGAGUCUAUGAGAUGGACGGUUCCUCAAACUACGGCCAGAACCAAAGUCACGGUCAAAGCCAGGGAGGCUACGGCCAGGAUUCAGGCUAUGGUUCUCAAUAUCAGAACAGGCCAGGUAACAGGCCGGACGAGUACAAGCGAGAUGACUACAACAAGUACCAGCAAGCCGCGUCCCAGAUUGGAGGCCGUCAAGGCCUUGGCGAUGGACGAUGGGACUCUGUCAGUGAGUGCUAUAUGCUGGGUGGUGAGGAUAUCCGCAAUGUACCUUGGGAGGGUGGUAAUAUGGACGAGAUUGAUGCCUUCGUCUCCGAGGAGCUGUACAUUCAUAGCAAGCUCCUUAUUGCAGACGAUCAGGUCGUAAUUUGCGGAUCUGCGAACUUGAACGACCGCUCCCAGCUCGGCGACCACGACUCCGAGAUCGCCGUCAUCGUUCGUGACAACGACACCGUUGAAUCGUACAUGGAUGGCCGCGAAUGGCGGGCCGCUAAAUUUGCUGCCUCUUUGCGUCGGCAGAUCUUCCGCAAGCACCUUGGCCUGCUUAGGCCACAGAACUUCGAGCGACCCGACGAAAACUUCCAGCCGAUUGGCGUACCGAAUGUCUACGACUGGGGUUCAGAGGAAGACCGCCAAGUCGUUGAUCCGCUCUCCGAAGAUUUCCAGAACCUCUGGAACUGGCGAGCAAAGAAGAACACCGAUGCCUUCGGCAAGGUCUUCCACCCGGUACCCUCGGAUGAGGUUCGAAACUGGAGCCAGUACGAUGCGUACUAUUCUCGCUUCUUUGCCCAGGAACAGGGUGACAAGGAGAACAAGAAGCCGAGCUUGUACAAGAUCGGCCAUGUAGUGGCAGAGAACUUCAGCCAGGGCGAGCAAGGUAUACGCGAAGUGAAGGAGGUUCUAUCUACGAUCAAGGGAACCCUAGUAGAGAUGCCGCUCUUGUUCCUCAAGGAAGAGGAUAUCGCGAAGGAGGGUGUUGGUCUCAACGCUUUUACCGAAGAGCUUUACACGUAAAGUUCGUAACGAAACGGUCGAAUUGGAUAGACUUCGCCAUGCAUAUACUAGUGUUUCUCAGACUCAUUAGCGAGCACUUAUCAGUCAAGCCAAUACCAUUAUGGUCUCUUCGUCCACUGACUC